CGGCGGCGCGGCCGCGGGCGCCAGAGCGACGGCGGCGGCUGCGGCUCUGGGCUCGCUGAAGCGUUGGCACGUCGCACUCUGGGCUCAUGUAAUCAAAGAAGUUUCUUUGUUGUGUGUAUCUUUACAGAACACAACAGGAACUGAAAAUGCAUCAGAACACUGAGUCUGUGGCAGCCACUGAGACUCUGGCUGAGGUACCUGAACACGUGCUUCGAGGACUUCCAGAGGAAGUAAGACUUUUACCAUCUGCGGUCGACAAGACUCGGAUUGGUGUCUGGGCCACUAAACCAAUUUUAAAAGGGAAAAAGUUUGGGCCAUUUGUUGGUGAUAAGAAGAAGAGAUCCCAGGUUAGGAAUAAUGUGUACAUGUGGGAGGUGUACUACCCAAAUUUGGGGUGGAUGUGCAUUGAUGCCACUGAUCCAGAGAAGGGCAACUGGCUCCGCUAUGUGAACUGGGCUUGCUCAGGAGAAGAACAGAAUUUAUUUCCACUGGAAAUCAACAGAGCCAUUUACUAUAAAACCUUAAAGCCAAUCGCGCCUGGCGAGGAGCUCCUGGUCUGGUACAAUGGGGAAGACAACCCCGAGAUAGCAGCUGCGAUUGAGGAAGAGCGAGCCAGCGCCCGGAGCAAGCGGAGCUCCCCGAAGAGCCGGAGAGGGAAGAAGAAAUCACAGGAGAAUAAAAACAAAGGCGUCAGAACCCAGGCUGUAGCGCGGAAGGCGAGCGAGCUGGACUCCACCUCUGCAAACAUGAGGGGCUCUGCAGAAGGUCCAAAAGAAGAGGAUGAGAGGCCUUUGGCUUCUGCACCUGAGCAGCCAGCCCUUCUGCCAGAGGUGGUAAGCCAGGAUGCAGUUCCACAGGUGGCCAUCCCUCUUCCUGCCUGCGAGUCACAGCCAGAGGCAGAUGGGAAACAAGAAGUCACAGACUGUGAGGUCAACAAUAUGAAGGAAGAGGAAGAGGAGGAGGAGGAGCUGGAAGAGGAAGAAGAGGAGGAGGAGUUGGGAGAAGAUGGGGAGGAAGAAGCAGACAUGCCUAAUGAAAGCUCUGUGAAAGAGCCAGAGAUACGGUGUGAAGAAAAGCCAGAAGAUUUACUAGAAGAGCCACAGAGUGUGUCAACUGAAACUUCUGAAGGCUCUCCAGGCGUCACCCCUCCUCUCCACGUUCCCAGAGCUAGAGAGGAGGCCAACGGUGAUGGGCUUGAAACAUUCAUGUUUCCAUGUCAGCAUUGUGAAAGAAAAUUUGCAACAAAGCAGGGGCUAGAACGUCACAUGCACAUCCACAUUUCUACAAUCAACCACGCUUUCAAGUGCAAGUACUGUGGGAAACCAUUUGGCACACAGAUCAACAGGAGGCGGCAUGAAAGGCGCCACGAAACAGGGUUGAAGAGAAGACCCAGCAUGACAUUACAAUCCUCAGAGGAUCCAGAUGAUGGCAAGGGGGAAAAUGUUACUUCUAAAGAUGAGUUGAGUCCACCUCAACUUGGGCAAGACUGUUUGAUAUUGAACUCAGAGAAAACCUCACAGGAAAUACUGAAUUCAUCUUUUGUGGAAGAAAAUGGUGAAGUUAAAGAACUUCAUCCAUGCAAAUACUGCAAAAAGGUAUUUGGAACUCAUACUAAUAUGAGACGACAUCAGCGUAGGGUUCACGAACGCCACCUGAUCCCCAAAGGUGUCCGGCGAAAAGGAGGCCUCCUAGAAGAACCGCAGCCACCAGCAGAGCAGGCCCCGCCCUCCCAGAAUGUCUAUGUACCAAGCACAGAGCCCGAGGAGGACGGGGACGCGGAUGAUGUGUAUAUCAUGGACAUUUCUAGCAACAUCUCUGAGAACCUAAAUUACUAUAUUGAUGGUAAGAUUCAGACCAACAACAGCACUAGUGAUUGUGAUGUGAUUGAGAUGGAGUCUAACUCUGCACACUUGUAUGGCAUAGAUUGUCUGCUCACUCCAGUAACUGUAGAGAUUACUCAAAACAUAAAGAGCACUCAGGGCUCUGUGACAGAUGAUCUUCUUAAAGAGUCUCCCAGUAGCACAAAUUGUGAGUCCAAGAAACGGAGGACUGCCAGUCCACCUGUACUCCCUAAAAUUAAAGCAGAGACAGAUUCUGAUUCCACGGCACCCUCGUGUUCCUUAAGUCUGCCUCUGAGCAUAUCAACAACAGAGGUGGUGUCUUUCCAUAAAGAGAAGGGUGUCUAUUUGUCUUCAAAGCUCAAGCAGCUUCUUCAGACCCAGGACAAACUGACUCCUCCUGCAGGGAUUUCAGCAGCUGAGAUUCCUAAGUUAGGUCCUGUGUGUGUAUCUGCUCCUGCAUCCAUGUUACCUGUGACUUCUAGUAGGUUUAAGAGGCGCACCAGCUCUCCACCCAGUUCUCCACAGCACAGCCCUGCCCUUCGAGACUUUGGGAAACCAAGUGAUGGGAAAGCAGCAUGGACAGACACAGCUCUGACUUCCAAGAAACCGAAGUUAGAAAGUCGUAGUGACUCACCAGCGUGGAGUUUGUCUGGGAGAGAUGAGAGAGAAACUGGAAGCCCUCCUUGCUUUGAUGAAUACAAAAUAUCAAAAGAAUGGGCAGCCAGUUCUACUUUCAGCAGCGUGUGCAACCAACAGCCGUUGGAUUUAUCCAGCGGUGUCAAACAGAAGUCAGAGGGCACAGGCAAGACUCCAGUCCCAUGGGAAUCUGUAUUGGAUCUCAGUGUGCAUAAAAAGCCUUGUGAUUCUGAAGGCAAAGAAUUCAAAGAGAACCAUUUGGCACAGCCAGCUGCAAAGAAGAAAAAACCAACCACCUGCAUGCUACAAAAGGUUCUUCUCAAUGAAUAUAAUGGUGUUAGCUUACCUACAGAAAGCACACCAGAGGCGACCAGGAGCCCAAGCCCUUGUAAAUCACCAGACACGCAGCCAGAUCCUGAACUUGCUACUGACUCGAGUUGCUCAGCCCCCACUGCUGAGUCUCCACCUGAGGUUGUUGGCCCUUCAUCACCCCCUCUCCAGGCAGCCUCCCUGUCCUCUGGUCAGCUGCCUCCUCUCUUGAUCCCCACAGAGCCUUCUUCCCCUCCACCCUGCCCUCCUGUGUUAACUGUUGCCACUCCACCACCUCCCCUCCUUCCGACUGUCCCUCUCCCCAACCCCUCUUCUGAUGCCUCUCCUCAACAGUGCCCCUCUCCAUUCUCAAAUGCCACUGCUCAGUCUCCUCUUCCGAUUCUCUCCCCCACAGUGUCCCCCUCUCCCUCUCCUAUUCCUCCUGUAGAGCCACUCAUGUCUGCUGCUUCCCCUGGUCCUCCGACACUCUCUUCCUCUUCCUCCUCUUCCUCCUCCUCUUCCUUCUCUUCCUCUUCCUGUUCCUCCUCCUCCCCCUCACCACCCCCUCUCUCAGCAGUGUCAUCUGUGGUGUCCUCUGGGGACAACCUGGAAGCACCUCUCCCUGCGAUGACUUUCAAACAGGAGGAGUCAGAGAGUGAAGGUCUGAAACCCAAGGAAGAGGCCCCACCUGCAGGUGGACAGAGUGUUGUCCAAGAAACAUUCAGCAGAAACUUUGUCUGCAAUGUCUGUGAAUCACCUUUUCUUUCCAUUAAAGACCUAACCAAACAUUUAUCUGUCCAUGCUGAAGAAUGGCCCUUCAAAUGUGAGUUUUGUGUGCAGCUUUUUAAGGGUAAGACCGAUCUAUCAGAGCACCGAUUUCUGCUUCAUGGAGUCGGAAAUAUCUUUGUGUGUUCUGUAUGUAAGAAAGAAUUUGCCUUCUUAUGCAAUUUACAGCAGCACCAGCGUGAUCUCCACCCAGAUGAGUUAUGCACACACCACGAGUUUGAAAGUGGGACCCUGAGGCCCCAGAACUUCACAGACCCCAGCAAGGCCCAUGUGGAGCAUAUGCCGAGUUUGCCAGAAGAGCCUGCGGAAGCUUCUAGAGAGGAGGAGUUAAAUGACUCCUCUGAAGAGCUUUACACAACCAUCAAAAUAAUGGCUUCCGGAAUAAAGACGAAAGAGCCAGAUGUUCGACUUGGUCUCAACCAGCAUUACCCGAGCUUUAAGCCACCUCCAUUUCAGUACCACCAUCGAAACCCUAUGGGGAUUGGGGUAACAGCCACAAACUUCACCACCCACAAUAUCCCACAGACUUUCACUACUGCCAUCCGCUGCACAAAGUGUGGCAAGAGUGUUGAUAACAUGCCUGAGCUGCAUAAGCACAUCUUGGCGUGUGCGUCUGCAAGUGACAAGAAGAGGUACACUCCUAAGAAAAACCCAGUGCCGCUGAGACAGACAGUGCAGCCCAAAAAUGGAGUGCUGGUUUUAGACAACUCUGGGAAAAAUGCCUUCAGACGGAUGGGGCAGCCUAAGAGACUGAGCUUCAAUGUUGAACUCAGCAAAAUGUCUCCAAAUAAGCUCAAGCUGAAUGCAUUGAAGAAAAAAAAUCAGCUGGUACAGAAAGCGAUCCUUCAGAAGAACAGAUCUGCGAAGCAGAAGGCAGACCUGAGGGACACUUCCGAGGCAUCCUCACACAUCUGCCCUUACUGUGACAGGGAGUUCACGUACAUUGGCAGCCUGAAUAAGCAUGCUGCUUUCAGCUGUCCUAAAAAACCCCUUUCUCCUUCCAAAAGAAAAGUUUCCCAUUCAUCUAAGAAAGGUGGCCACGCAUCAUCUGCUAGCAGUGACAGAAACAGUAGUAGCAAUCCCCGGAGGCGCACCGCAGAUACAGAGAUCAAGAUGCAGAGCAUGCAGGCACCCUUGGGCAAGACCCGAGCUCGGAGUACAGGCCCUGCCCAAGCCUCACUGCCCUCCUCAUCCUUCAGAUCCAGACAGAAUGUCAAAUUUGCAGCUUCAGUCAAAUCCAAAAAAGCAAGCUCUUCAUCCUUGAGGAAUUCUAGUCCCAUAAGAAUGGCUAAAAUUACUCAUGUUGAGGGCAAAAAAUCCAAAGCUGUUGCCAAGAGUCAUUCUACUCAGCUCUCCAGCAAAGCAUCCCGAAGCCUGCACGUGAAAGUGCAGAAGAGCAAAGCUGUUCUACAAAGCAAGACUGCCCUGGCCAGCAAGAAAAGAACAGACCGGUUCAUAGUAAAAUCUAGAGAGCGGAGCGGGGGCCCAAUCACCCGAAGCCUUCAGCUGGCAGCUGCUGCGGACCUGAGUGAAAGCAGGAGAGAGGAUAGCAGUGCCAGGCAUGAGCUGAAGGACUUGAGGUAAGCCCAGAACUCGGGGAGGUGAGGACUGCUGGAGAGCUGUAGCUGGCCUGGAGGAUGUCUGUCCUUUUAGCAGAGUGGCAGUGGCAUAAUCUUGUGGCAUACCCUUGCUGCUUUGACUGCUGUACUGAUGAAUAAAUACAUUGAUUUCAGACUUAGUGCUCACAAAGUGGUACCAUUUCUUUAAUUUCUGAAUGGAGCUUGAACCCAGUUCCUUGUGUGAAAAGACGAAGUUCUCUUAAUUUACAUCUUGGGCAGUGUUCCAGUGCCACUCGUGUUGGUUCGUGGUCCUGCAUUGCUCCUUAGGGUUAAGUGGGUGACAAGUCCAGUAGCAACCUCAGUGCUCUCUUGUUUAAUAGUUUGUGACUUAAGCAUAGUUAAUAAUGUCUAAAUGUCUAAUGUUAAUACUUCCAUUUGCUAGUGUUUGAAUUUAAAAUUUUUUCCACGUUGCUUAAAAUAAAAUCACCAUAUAUCUUUAAAAUGCCUUAUAUUCCCCUCUAGCCCUCUGCCUACAGCAAUAGAGAGACUAGCAAUUGAGGUUCUAAUGGGGAAGAAGAGCAGGCCAGGCCCUGGGGCUCAGUGCUUCUCCUAUAAUGUUAGGUUUCUCAGUUUAGAUCUGAGCUGACCUUACUGCCUUAUUCCAUAUUCUCCCCAUAUACACAUGGUUCUCAGGGACAGUGAUGUGGCCCUAGGAUAGCCUGUUAUAUUGACUUCUCAAGCUGAGUUGAUAUACAUUUGGAAUUCCUUCUUAUUCCCAAAUAAUGUCCACAGGUUAGUGGCCCUCAUCAGGUGGUUACUCUGCAAAUACUUGGACACCUUCUAUGCAGCCUGUCUUGAUUCUGGGUUGUCAUGGCUGUAAUUCUGGGUAUUAGAAGCAAACAGAGUUAGGGACAGCUGUGGAAUGACUUGGAGAGAAGACCUAAGCAUACCAAGGUUCCAGUGUCACUCAGGUAAAGUUCUUGGUGCUGUGUGCCUUGAAGCAUAGCAAAAGAGAGUUCUAGACAUUGGGCACAACAGUUUCCUGUAGUGCUGAAGGAUUGAGUUUUUUGGAAGGUACUUAAACAUUCUGAGUGUUAGUUGCUAUCGAUCUGGUCAUAUUUAGCCACGCAGGUGCUUGGGCAACAUGGUUGAGUUGGCUGUAGUGACGAAAAGCACUAUUUUCAGCCGCCAGUGCUCCUUACCUGUUACUGGCCUCUGCUCUAGGGAAUUCCACACCAACUUAACAUUUUGAACCAUCCUGGGUUAGCAAGUAGGUGACUGAUGAUUUAGAGUGUACUUUCUUCCAGUGUUUUCUAAAAGAAUUAACUGUUUUGUACUAGAUCCUGUAGACUUUUCAGGGUAAACAUAUGAAAAUGUAAGAGCUGAGUGUGCUUGUAUAAAGUUCACUUGCUUCACUCGUAUCUGGUGUUUUAAAGACUCCCUAAGGCUAAUGUGUCCCAAAGUGUGUCUCUUCUCUUGCUCCAGUGGAUUUUAAACUGUUUUGAUAGUUAACAGAAUUAUAUUGCUGGAGUUAAAAGUUGGCUUAAAAAGCACCACUUAAAGCUACAGAUAACGAAAUCAUCAGUAGUGUGCUCAGUUACAGACACAGUGAGUUGUUCCUAAUGGCUAAUCCUUUUCCUUGGUGAGUUAUUGCCCUGUGUUGUAGACAGAUCUGCAGAAUGAGAGACAUCAUCCAAGAUACUUUCCAAGAGAUUAUGACCUUUGAGUUGUUUCGGACAAUUAAAAACCAAAUGUCCAAUUGAACAUCGUGUUUGACUAUCUAGACAUGAGAGUGGGUAUUUAUUUGUGCAGAGUGUAUUUCAGUCAUUAGUACCCCUAGCAAACAUAUAGGCAACAGUAGGAUUCCUGCCUGCUAGCAUCCAUACACCAGGUGUCCUCUAACUCAGGGCUGCUACAGACUAGCCUGAGCUCAUUUUCAGUGCUUGUGUGUUUUGUGCUGACUAGGGAGGUGUGUUUACUGACAGAGGUCCUCAGCUCCGGUGGUUGUCUCAGUUGGCUUAGAGGAGACUGAUGGAAGGAGAUGUCAUGGGUGGAGCUUCCAUGUACUGUCCUCAGCUCUGCAGAACUGAGCUUGUUCCUUCCCUGCCUGUUGAUUGCAGCAAACUGUGAUUAUAAGUCAUGUCCAGUAUCAGACACUUGACAUUUGAAAGCCAGCAUAGGGUUCUGCAGAUUUUCAAGGACAUAGCUGUAGCCAGAACAGCAUUGAGCACAGGCUCCACAGAUUGCCGGUUGGCCACUUACUGAAGCACCAGCUAGUUUACCAUUCCAGGACAAAGAGCCAUAUGCUCCAAAUGCUUUUCUCACAACAAAGCCAUCAGAAAAGCCGGUGAGCCUCUCCCUGAGUCUGUCCCAGUCUGCCUGGACCUUCCUACUACUGCCUUUGGCUUGGUUCCUUUCCAGAGAGAAGUGCAGACUCUUCCAUGUUCUUCCCUGUAAUCCAAAGAGAGCUGCUCUAUCCAAGCAACGUUUCCAUUUUUCAUGAUACCCACUACCCCUGUGUCCAGAAGUUAGAAAGCUAGAGAAGAAGCAAGUCCAAGACAGGUUCUUCACUGCUACCACCAGGUGCUGAGUCAGCCAACCACCCCUACCCCCACUGCAUACUGUGCGUGGGAAACUGCCCUGUGUCUUUGGAGCAGGAGUGGAGUUUCUAACUAUUAGAGUUGUUUAUGUGUUUCUGUCUUGGUGACAUUUGUCAUACAGUCUCCUCACCUUUUUCUUUAAUUGGUCAGUUCAUACAAGGUUGUGUAUGUUGUCAUUUAUCUUCAGUUUUCUUAUUUUCUAGGAACUUCCUGUAGAAAAGUCCCCCCCACAAAACAAACCUUAACUGACUAAAAGAUAUUGCAUGCUCAACUUAGGAUAAGCACUACGGCAAAGGAUACGAAAUCUACCCAGCUUGCAAGACCAGUUGAAGCUGACUCAAAAGCUGUAACAUACAGCUGCUUACCGACAGGCUUCUUGCCCUGGUUAGUGUCAGGCAUCCGUCUCUUUGGUGGAGCUCACGUGUGUGCUGGGCUCUCAGGGGAUUGAAAUCCAAAGAGAAGGGUGCCAUAAGAUGGGCUAGAUGGACUGGCUCUUCCUCAUCACCGGACUGGCAGCUCAGCUCUGAGUGUGGCCCUUGAGUCUGGCAGAGAGCAAUUGAACUGAACCUUGCAAAGCAAGUGCCCUUGUUUUAUGAGUGGUCCUAGUUUCAGGGAUGACAGAUCGGGUGUGCCCAUCUCAAAACGCUUGCUUACACCAGCCCUCGAUGCCUUCUUUCAUGUGAAUUAUACAGAGAGGCAUUUAGUUGAUCCCUAUCCCUCUCCCCUUUAAAAAAAAAAAUCAUAAGCAGAUUGCCAGCAUAAUGCAGAGGAUCCCAGAUUGGAUAGGACUCCUUCUCAUGCCUCUUGUUAGUGUCAUGUUUGUGUGUCCAACUGGACGUUAUCCUCUCACUGUCUGGCACUAAUUUAUAGCUGUUAUAUUAUGAGAUGCUGUGUAGCAGUGUGUAUCAGUGCACAGAAAGCAUCCAGGCCUGUAUAGCUGUUUGUAUCUGCACACCAGGCCUUACUCUUGUCUCAGUAGAUUCAAAGCAACAGAUCGGCCUCUUCCUUUUGUAGCAGGUCAGCACCACUUCUCCAUGAGUGCUGAUGCUUCCCCCAGAGUAAUGACCGAGGUGGUGGAAAACGGCUACGUUUUAUUCAUACUGUGUUUUGUACUCAACCUUAAAAGUAAUCUACCUCUUACACUUUGUAGUUGAAUACUUGUGUGAUGAAUUUGUGCCACUUUAAUCUUUCACUACCAUUCCCAUUUUGUUACCUUUCUGUUCAGGAGACUUUAUGUUGGAAUACUGUAUAAAGCAUUUGUAGCAGUUUAAAAAUAAAAUAUUUAAAAUUAUUUAAAUUGUUUUGGGUGCUUCAAUUGUAUUCUGUGAUUAGAGCUUACAUUUGUGUUUGCAUUGUUAAUCUGGAAGGUGUCUGCUGUACUGAAGUUUGCUGUUAGUUAUUUUAUUGCUUCUUGUCGCAAAGUGCUAUAAAGAUUAUUCUAAUGAAAAUAUUAAAAUUUAUAAUUUGACAUACAAAAGGGAUUGUUCAUUGUUUUUAACCAAUGUAGCCUUGACAGAGUUUUUAUUACAGACACACAAGAGUGAUGUUUGCUACCUUGCCCUGUUAGCAUGGACACAUCCUCUGUCAGAUGUCUAAGAAAGCUCUUUUUUCAUGUUAUCUAAAAUACCUGAUAACUAGGGGAGACUUGGAUGAUACAAUCUAUAUCAUUGUAACUAAUAAACACUUUGUAAACACUUGUGAAAGGACUGCAUUUUGUCCAUAAAGGGGAAACAGGCCACUUGGACCUUGUUUGGUAUGUAGACGCCUAGUCAGCCAUUGACCUGGGACCCCUCUCCACCUGUGUCUG